AUGAAAAUAGCUAAUUUCAUAUCGAAGGCUCAAAAAUCGGUCUUUUAAUUUAGCGAUAUGAAGAAGAAUCUAGCUAGAGUAAUAUUCACGAAUGUUGCAAUAGAGGAUAACUUCGAUUCGAAAUUCCCUGGAGCCUCACAAAUCUUUUAUUUUAAUGAGUAAUAGAAGGAAGCAUUGGUGAAGACUACAUAAAAUAAAAAGGAAAUCAUCUGUAUAUAUUUUAGUGAUGACAAGAGUUCAAUGAUUCGAGUUACUUGGGGUAAUAUGUGAACAAGAUGUUUAAUAAUUACAAGAAUAAGGCAAUAAGGUUUGAAUAUGCAUAUGUAGAGUUUCCGAAUAAAGAUUAUUGGCAACACAUGUAUGAGAUUGUUGGCACCAUGGAUGGAGAAUGUAUAUUUUUGAGUAAUUCAAUUAAGCUUCUACUCUUGUAAUUAGAAUAAAGGAGGAUGUUUUGAAGGAAUGUUUGGAAUGUAACUUGGACACUUUGGAAUAGUACAAGGGUUUAUUCAUCCAAAGGAUUGUGAAUAUUGGGAUGAUUAGCGUAUUUCAGCUCAAGCUGGUAUCUCAAAAAACCAUGGAGGAAGGAAUUUCAGAAUUUGUGAUUCGUUGUCUGAAUUCAAAGGAAGAUGUUUUCUCUUCAAGUCAGAAAAAGUUGGUAUGACACGAUCCUUAACUUAGUUGUACAAGUCUGGAGGGAAAUUUUAUUAUUAGUUGGGUUAGCGAUCUAUGUUACAUAAACCUGAUGCAGUAGUGGGGGAGGUAUACCCUUAACUGGAAUGAUAAAAAUAAUAUAAAUUAUUU